UUCAACUUAGAAGCCACGUCAAAGAUGGAAUUAUAUUAUUAAAGUGGAAAACAAUGGAACUAUUCUGAUUAUUUUGGCUGUUAUCUUUUUGUUGAAAACGCGUUUUGCGCAUUCGUUUAGGUUCAUGUCAAAACCUGCAUUAUUAGAGAUUUCGAAGUUUUUAUCGUCUUGAGGUGCUGCGAAGUGCGAAAGCAGCGGAAAGCUCGAAUUUUGGCGACGUUGCUGUCUUUGCAUCGAACCAGUUCGAACAGCUUGAAGAGAUCUCCGCAGAACUUUGCUUUCUUAGAGUUUCUUUUAUCAGCGACCACGCUUUCUAGCGGCUUAUUUUUGUAAGUAUUUUUGAAAGAGGGAAAUUAGCACUAUGUCGGAAUCUCGCAAGCGGAAGAAUCGCGGACAGCAGGAAGCAGCCGAAGGACCUACGAAACAAGAUUACGCGAUUGCGAAGUAUUUGCGCGACAAAUGUCCGAAAAAGCAGACUCUGUUUGUCAAUCAAAAAGUUUAUUACUUCACGGGUUCGAAAGCAGUAGACGUCUUACUGGAGUCAAAAUGGGCCAAAGGAACGAAGAAGGAAAAUCCGAUUUUCACCACUCGGGAUCAGUGUGUGGAUUAUAUGAACAGGCUUCGAGAUCUGGAGUUCAUAACUCGAGCGGCAAAAAUUGUUGUGAAGAAGGUGGAAAGUAAGAAAGAAAAGGAUGCCGCGAAAGAGAAGAAAAAGAAGGAGAAGUCUUCCAAAGAGGAAAAAGCUGAUAGUGCUGCUGAAGAUAAAAUGUCCGGUAAACGAAAAAAUGGAAAAGAUAAGGAAAACGAAAAGGAUAAGGCAGAGAAAUCGGAUGAGGGAGGUCAGGGUGAGCCUGACUCUCCCAAGGGUGAUGGAAAAGAUGCUAAAAAGAAGAAAAAAAUCCGUUUGGAGCUGCAUUCUCAACAGGUGUUCCUGGACAGUGAGGAUGCCUAUGUAUGGGUGUACGAGCCCACAUCGAUUUUGAACGUCGUGAUGGGGGUCGGUCUGGUGUUUGGCGCUAUCGGGAUUUGUUUGUUUCCGUUGUGGCCUCCGAUUGUCCGACAGGGUGUAUAUUACCUCAGUCUUCUUGCCGUGGGUUUGAUCGGUUUACUGAUCACUGUGUCAUUAUUGCGGUACGUGGUGUUUGCCAUUGUUUGGGGCGUCACAAUGGGCAGAGUGCACUUUUGGUAUCUACCCAAUCUUACGGAGGACUGCGGAUUCUUUGAAUCUUUUGUCCCUCUGUAUUCGUGUACGAAACCAAGUCAGGAAGACAAGAAUAAGUCGAAAAAAGAUAAGAAAUCAGGGAAAUCAAAAGAAAAAGAUAGCGACAAAGAAGACCAGGAAGAUGUUCAAGAUGAUGACAACGACGACGAAGCCGCCCCAGAACCUGUUCCAGCUGACAGUAAACAGCAGGGGAGUGAUAAAGAGUCAUAAUGGCAAUCAUCGUUUGAAGGGAUUUUUUAUUUGCACGAUGUGGUUGCUUUUCGAAUCUUGAGCAGAAUCCGGGAGGGAAUUUUUCGAAAGCAUGAUUCCAUGCAGCAGUACUGCAGCACUCACGAUUUUUGUCCGUUAUAAUUUAUUUCUUUCGAUUUUUAUGCUUCGUGCAUGGUUUGCAGCAGUGGACAUUUCUUUUUCGAGUUUAAAAACCAAUAAAACCAGGCUCUGUGUUG